AUGUUAUCAUCAUCUACAUCACAGUUGCAGGCGUUUUCCAUAACAACCUCGCUUGUAGCUUCUGGAGGCAUUGCCGCCCUAUCGCUCUUCGACGUGCCAAUCCUCUCGGCACAACCCGCUUCACGCUCACUGCCCAGCAUUCGGUGGCUUUUCAGCCGCGGCUCGCACAUCUUUCCCACGGCAGCCUUUGCCUCCGCCGCCGGGUUCACAGCCCUGGCCUACAGCUCGAUCCCCGUGGCAUCCAGGACCUUCCUUCAGCUGCUGAAACUCGGAUCCAACGGACCCACAGUGGGCGGCUACACCCUGGCAGCGGCCCUGUGCGUCAGCAUCGGGCCCAUCACCCAGACCAUGAUCCCCACCAACUUCAAGCUGAUCAAGCUGAACGAGGCCAAGGGCGGCUCGCGGAGUGCCGAGGGCCACGAGGCAAGCAAGAGGUACCCGUCGGGACGCAGGAGUGCCGCGGACUCGGUGGCGGGCAGGGGCGAGGGUGCCGAGUUUACUGACCUGAGUGGACCUCUGACCAAGACGCCGUCAGACACCAGUGAUGCAGAAGACGCGGAAGUCAGGAGGCUGUUGUCGAAGUUUGAGAAGCUCAACUUGGUCAGAGCCUUUGUCAUUGGCCUCGGUGGUGUUGUAGGACUAGUCACGGCGCUGGCAUAA